GGGAGAUCAGAUCCAUCUUCCGUCUCACCGGCAUGACAUGUGUUUCAUGUUGCUCCCGGCCUGUGACGUGCGAUGUAGCUUGCACUACCACAUACUCUAUUUCCGAUUCCGACGGUUCUCAGAAUCUCACUUCCGCCAACCGCAAGUCCGCAACCGCCCGCGCUACGGCGCCGCGCCACUGUCCACUGAACUACAGUAGUGCUGGUACUUCCGUUCUCUCCCGGCCCGACAUGGCCAGGCCAGCGCGCAAGGCCCUGAUGGGCGCGCCCCCUUCCGCCGCGCGCUCGCGUGGCGGCCCGAGGCGCGCGCUCCGAAGAUCCGCUGCCGCUCUCUUCCUCGCCACCCUCGUCGCGCUGCCCUUCGCGGUGCUAUACCGCGCCGCCGUCUGGCGCUCGCUGGGGGCUUCCUGGGGGUGGGAGUGGGACUCGCUGCCCUCCUCGUUCGCCGCAUCCAAGGAGGAGGGCGCCGAAGCCGACGAUCUGGACAGUGAAGAUCUCAAACUUGAGCGAGUCCUAAAGAAGGCUUCUAUGCGAGACAAUACAGUUAUCUUGACUACACUUAAUGCUGCAUGGGCUUCUCCCGGGUCUGUGAUAGACCUUUUCACCGGUAGCUUCCGUUCUGGUGUUAGAACAAAUUUGCUGUUGAAACACCUUGUAAUUGUAGCAUUUGAUCGGAAAGCAUACGAGCAAUGUGUCAAAAUACAUCCCUAUUGCUUUGCUCUGGGAACCGAGGGUGUGGAUUUCUCUGAAGAGAGGAGGUUCCUGACUUCAGGAUAUCUUGAAAUGAUGUGGAGAAGGCUAGAUUUCUUGCGGUUGGUUCUUGAAAAAGGUUACAACUUCAUAUUCUCGGAUGCAGACAUUAUGUGGUUUCGCAAUCCAUUCCCACAUUUCUAUCCUGAUGUAGACUUUCAGAUUGCAUGUGAUCACUAUGUCAGGAAUGCGACCGACUUGAGAAAUAUUGCUAAUGGAGGCUUCAGCUAUGUGAAAUCAAAUGAACGAAGCAUAGAGUUUUACAGUUUCUGGUAUUCAUCAAGAUUGAGGUAUCCUGGCUAUCAUGAUCAGGAUGUAUUCAAUGCUAUAAAGCAUGAUCCUUACAUUGUAGACAUUGGAUUGACAAUUAAGUUUCUGAGUACAAAGUACUUUGGAGGGUUCUGUGAACCAAGCAGAGAUUUGAACGAAGUCUGCACUAUGCAUGCUAACUGCUGCAUUGGGUUGCGAAGCAAGAUUCAUGAUCUGAGGAUUAUGAUGGAGGAUUGGAGGAGUUAUUUGUCCUUGCCCCCAAAUUUGAAAAGAUUGCAGAUAUCUGCUUGGCGAGUGCCACAAAAUUGCAGUCUUUCAUGGUCGCACCGUUAAGGCAAUAAAGCAUGCUAGGGUCAAGAAAAGGAUGUGAGAUCACUGAUACACAAAAAAGGUUCCAUGUAUUUUGAUUUUGAAUUAGUCGAAAAGCUGCCCCCUAGACCUUUUUUAGUGUAUAUAGUUUUUCCUUAUGCCAAUUUCGGCAGGCUAAUUUCGUUUGUACCUCAAUAUGACUCAUGACUGCUUAGUGCUUAACAUAGGUUGCGAUGUUAAUCGCUGACUUGACUGAUAAGUUUCAUCUGUAAGACAGAAACAAAUGAGCUGCACUUUCUUGAUGCUAUCGCUGUUGCUAAAACUGCGUUAUUGCUAUGCAUCUCAUCGGGACAAAGAAGAUUCAGGCUGUCCCAUUUGCUUCUUA